GGUGGCUUUCGAAUCCGAAAGCCCUAUUCUAACUUGUUCUUAAACCCUCCCUUGCAAUCACGGAAGUAUCAAGCUUGUGUUCUACACAACUUUUUUUUACCCUCAAUAAGUAUUCUUUCUGCUGUCACCAGCGUAACUGGAAAGACGAAUGGUUUUUGUUUUAAACUAAGAGAAUUUUGAUCCAAGUCAGCAUUUCUUUAUUUUUCUCUUAAAACAGAGCGUUCGAGUUUCAAGUUUCAUGUUUGGUUUGGUUUUUAAAGACAAACGCUAUUUUUGGCUAUUGGCUUUGAGAAAUAAUUUGUCAGAGUAUCUGCUCUAUGCUAACAAGACAGAGCAUAGUCCAGAUCUGCCAACUCCAGGCCUCUCUCUGCUUAGUAGUCAAGAGAUUGCAGUGUUCUUCCUGGUGGAGGUCAUUUAUUUCUGAUCAGAAGCUGUCUAGACCUCCUGCUUCUCAACUCCAAAGACUCCACAGAGCAGACCAUGGUCAAGCGCGUGGCCGUGAUUGGAGCCGGUGUGAGUGGCCUGUCCUCCCUCAAAUGCUGCUUGGAUGAGGACCUAGAGCCCACCUGCUUUGAGAGAAGUAAUGACAUCGGAGGGCUAUGGAAGUUCACUGAAAGUUCCAGAGAUGGGAUGACCAGGGUCUACAAGUCCUUAGUGACAAAUGUCAGCAAAGAAAUGUCAUGUUACAGUGACUUCCCCUUCCAAGAAGAUUAUCCCAAUUACAUGAACCAAGAAAAAUUUUGGAACUAUCUCCAAGAAUUCGCUGAGCACUUUGGUCUUCUGAAAUACAUUCGGUUCAGGACCACAGUGUGCAGCAUAACGAAGCGUCCAGACUUUUCCGAAACUGGUCGGUGGGAUGUUGUCACAGAGACAGAGGGGAAGCAGGAAACAGCUGUCUUUGAUGCUGUCAUGGUUUGCACUGGACAUCUCCUGAGUCCCCGUCUACCUCUGGAGUCCUUUCCUGGAAUCCAUAAGUUCAAAGGCCGCAUCCUACACAGUCAAGAGUACAAGGUCCCAGAAUGCUUUCGGGACCAGCGUGUCCUGGUGGUAGGCCUUGGGAACACUGGAGGAGAUGUGUCUGUGGAACUCAGUCGAACAGCUGCUCAGGUACUUCUCAGUACUAGAACUGGUACCUGGCUUAUCGGUCGCUCUUCAGAUGGAGGCUACCCAUAUACUAUGAUGCAUAUAAGAAGAUGCAAUAAUUUUAUCUCACAAGUUGUGCCUUCAUGUGUACUAAACUGGAUUCAACAGAGGCAGUGGAAUAAGAGGGUUGACCAUAAGAAUUAUGGAUUAAGUAUUAUCAAGGGGAAAAAAAGGAAAAUCGUCAUUAAUGAUGAGCUGCCCACGUGUCUCCUCUGUGGGACCGUCACGCUGAAAACCGGCGUGAAGGAGUUUAGAGAAACCUCUGCUGUCUUUGAAGAUGGGACAGAGGAAGAAAACAUUGACGUGGUGAUCUUCACAACAGGAUACACGUUUUCUUUCCCCUUUCUGGAAGAGCCUCUCAAAAGCCUGUGUGCCAAGAAGCUCUUUCUGUACAAGAUGGUCUUUCCCUCAAACCUAGAGAAGACGACCCUGGCCAUCAUCGGCCUUAUCAGCCUUCAAGGCUCCAUCCUUGCCUGCACAGAGCUCCAGGCACGAUGGGUCACAAGAGUAUUCAAAGGUACGUCAACUGUUUCUAAAGCCUCAGGUGAUCAACCGAGUCUUCAAAUUUGUGCCCUGCAGCUUAGCCAAAAAUCAAACAGAUGGGAGCUAAAUAGGUAAAUAUCAAAAAAGUUUAAUGAAAAAUUAAUUUUACAUAGUCAUAGGAUCGUGGGUGUGCUUACGUCACUGACAGGACAAAGUCGAAAAGAAGUUUUUGACUCUGGAUGGGACAAAUUUGGACAACAGAAUGUCAUCAUGUUUCUCAGAUUCACUGAGAUUAUUGGAAGCAUUUUGGAUCCCAGUCUAGUCUAUUUACUCCUAAAUCUUUCCAUUUAUUACUAGAAGUAGAAUUUUAUAUUGCUCCCAGAGACAGAAUCAUGUAUGCUGUGAAUAAAGUUGAGUUCUGAGGAGACAGGAACCUAUAAGAAAUGCCUAUAAAAAAUAUUUUAGACUCUGGGCAUUCACUGCUGUCAAUUAUCACUGUAAGAGGACAGGUGACAGAGUCAGGACUACCAGGGCCCGAUCCCGACUCUGAAAACCCUCUGAAAAUCAGCCCCUUCGUCUGUAAAAUGAGGAUGAUAAAACCUCUUUGACAAGUAUUAUGUAAAAUGGAUGAUGUCUGCAAAGCAGUUAGCACAGUACUUGACACAUAGUACUCGCAUGUUAGUACUUGGCACAAAUGCUUGUUAAGUGAUCGCUGCCAAUCUUACCUCUCUAAAGGCAGGCGAGUCUUAAAUGAGUAAGCAUUUUAAAGAAUUGCAUCAUUUUAACAUAUAAACAUCAAUCACAAUUGAGCCAACCAGCAGAAUUUUGUUCUGAUGACUAAACACAAUCACCAGUCAUUGAUAAAUGGCAUAUAACACAGUACUAAGUAGUGCUGACUUUAUCACACUGGACAAGUGUGAUAGCUCUCAAAUUCCGCAGCCUUUCGUUAAAUGAUCACAAACUUCUAUUUCUUUAAAGCCAAUUAAAGCGCUCUCAAAGCAUUAUCUGAUUAUAUUAAAACCACAGAAGACUCUUAAGGGUACCUGGUGUUUGUAAUUUACGUAUUUUAUAAAUGAGCUCCAAAAUGCUUAUCAGAAUUACCGAGCUGGCAAAACGAAACUGGGUUAGGUCCCACCACAGGUAUAAUUCCACACUUUUCCUGAGCCUCCGGGAGAAGGCAAUCCGGAAACUACCACGUAGUCUUGCCAGCUUUUUACGGGGG